AUGAGCAGAGACUUGGUCCAGGACUAUGGUCCAGCGGGUACACCAUCAGUCCUCUUUCACGGUACAAUUGCCCCAGCUGAGGAUCUGAAAUGGAGCAGCUCCACUGGGUCAGAGAAGCUCUCCCCACAGAGGAGCGGCGUCAAGAGGAGGACAGUGGUGGCACGAUGGGGCCCGCACCAGGACCAGUACCACAGCAUCAGCAAGGCCUACAGCAGCAACGCCAUCCGCACCACCAAGUACAGCCUGCUCACCUUCAUCCCCAUCAACCUGUUCCAGCAGUUCCGCAGAGCUGCCAACCUGUAUUUCCUGUUCCUGGCGCUGCUGAACUGGGUUCCUGUGGUGGAGGCGUUCCAGAAGGAGAUCACCAUGAUUCCUCUGGUGCUGGUUCUCACGGUCACCGCCAUCAAAGACGCUCUGGAAGAUUACAGGCGUUAUGUGUUCGACAAGAGGAUCAACCACAACGCUGCCAAAGUCUACUGCCCGUGA